GAUUUUUCCUCCAAAAAUGAUUUAAACAUAACUUCCACAACUCUUUUUCUAUUCAUCCUUUGAUCAAUAAAUCAAUCAAACACAAUUUUACCACCACUUUCAUCAAUUAAUGGCAGAGUUCACCGCCCUCCGUCCCUUGAAACCCGUAUUCGUUGCCGACGAAAUGUCGUUAGGAUUCGACCCAAAAGGAUUUAGAAUAAGUGAUAAACGUAAGAUCGCGAGGUUAAGCAGUUACAAUUAUGAUCCUAGUACUAGGAAUACUAGAGUUUUUGCAUCAGGAAGUAAGUCUAUGCGAAUCAACGGGGAGGACACGAACAUGGUUGUUGAUCAAGAAGCUAUUUAUGAUGAGUUGUUGGGAGAUCCUGAUUAUGAAACUGAUGAUCUGUCUUGUUUUCGAGGUUUAGUUUUGGAUAUAUCUUACAGGCCUAUAAAUGUAGUCUGCUGGAAACGUGCGAUUUGUUUGGAAUUUAUGGAAAAGGCUGAUGUUUUGGAAUAUUAUGAUCAAACUGUGAACUCUCCUAGCGGUUCUUUCUAUAUACCUGCCGUUUUGAGGGUUCAACAUUUGCUUCAAGUUGUCAAGAGAAGAAGACAUGUUAGUUUGCUUAGUCGAAAAAACAUAUUGGCCCGUGACAAUUUCUCUUGCCAGUACUGUUCUUCAACCACGAACUUAACUAUUGACCACGUUUUACCUAUGUCACGAGGUGGAGAAUGGAAUUGGGAAAAUCUGGUGACUGCUUGUUUAAGUUGCAACUCUAAGAAAGGUCAGAAAACUCCCGAGGAAGCAAAUAUGAAGCUGCAUAAGGCACCGAAGGCUCCUAAAGACUAUGAUAUAAUUGCCAUACCCUUAACAAACAACGCCAUAAAGAUGUUGAAAAUGCGAAAGGGGACCCCUGAAGAGUGGCUUCAGUACUUGGGAGGCCCAUCUCCUUGACAUCAGUUUGGUUGUAAUUUGUAUAUGUUCAUGAUUCAACCAAACCAUAAAGCAUCUUCAAUAAAUAAUUUCAUUGUAUAUUUUGUAUUGUGUAUAUAUGAACUUAAAUCUUAUAUGCUAUGUAUAUUAUCUAGUAUAAUAUUAAACUUACAUAUCUAUCGACAUUUGUAUAACUCAAACCGCAUGUUAAUAAACGAAUGUAUGUAUAUGCUUUUUUAUUA